CAAAAACGCAGCUGAUUGUUUGAUUGUUCUCUGGGUUUCCUAGAAGAAGGAUUGUCCCCACGAUCUCUUUUCGAUUUUGACCUCCUCAUUCGUGUUUCAUCAUGACCACAGCGGCCAGACCAACCUUCAACACGGCCCGGGGCGGAUCCGGAGCCCGGGAGCGUGAUUUGUCCGCCAUGACCAAGCAAUACUCCUCUCGGGACAUGCCAUCGCAUACCUCGCUCAAGCAUCGUGAUCGUGGGCAGAGCUCCACCGACGAUUUGAGUGGUCGGGAUUUCCGUCGAGAAUUGGAAGAUCGAGAGCGUUUGGCCAAACGCGAAGGCCGGGAAGGUCGGGAAGAUCGAACCCGGAGUGCACCCAAGGCCCUCGAGGCCUCGAGCUCAGGGUCCAAGAAGCCGCGUUUGGACCCGCAAAAUAUUGAUGCCGAUGAUCCCUUGGAGGAUUCCGAUUCAGAUGAUUCGGAUUCGGAUGAUGAUACAGCCCUGUUGAUGGCCGAGUUGAACAAGAUCCGACAGGAGAAAGCUGAAGAACAGCAAGAACAGGAAGAAGAGCGCCGAGUUGAGGACGAACAGAUUCGAAUGGAAAACAUUCUGACCGGAAAUCCGCUUUUAAAAGAGCGCUACACGGACUCGACGGGAAAAUCCGAUUUGAGGGUCAAACGUCGAUGGGAUGACGAUGUGGUAUUCAAGAAUUGCUCUAGAGCUGAGCCAGACAAACAAGAGAAGAACUUUAUUAACGACGCCAUUCGUAGUACAUUCCAUCGGAAAUUCAUGGACAAAUACAUCAAGUAGAGGGUGGUGCUCGUCCUCGCCACUCCUAUUUCACCGAUUUUGGAGGAGAUCCGUGUACAUGAUUUUUCAAAUGUCUUUGUGAUGUAAUAAAUGAGGAUAAUGUCAA